AUUAUUACACAUUACUCCUUAUAAUCAUGUUUCUAUGACGGAAUAUUUCCAUUCUCGUGUAAAAACAGUAUACAGUAUUAAUCAAUAAUUUUGAAAAUGGAACGCCGGAGAUCUGAUCCACGAAUACCACUACUCACCGAUGAUGAGGAUGACGAAGUGCUUGGUUUAAGUGCAGUGGGGGAUGAAAAGAAAACGACAAGUUUAUUUUUAUACUUUGUUGUAUGUGUCGCCUGCCUUGGUUCUAGUUCGUUAGGCGUGGGAGUAGUUUGGAUAUCGCCCGUAGCGCCCAAGAUUACAUCUAUUAACAGUACCGACAAUCCUCUAGGACAUCCUGUAACUACAGUCGAACUCUCCUUCACCGGAUCUCUCAUACAAAUAGGUUCCAUAUUAGGUGCGGUUGCAUUAAAAGGAAUGUUUGAUACAUUCGGAAGAAAACGUUGCCUCAGCAAAAUCCAUUUUCUAAUCGUGAUAGCUUUUGCCGCGUUAGCGUUCUCUCAACACAUCAUUUUGUAUUUCUUUUUCUUGUUCAUUAUCGGAUUUCUUAUAGGUGGAUUGAACGUUGGAACACCUGUUUACAUAAGUGAGGUAACUCAAGAUCAUAAUAGAGGAUAUAUGUGUUGUUUAAUAGGAUUAUUUAUACAAAUAGGGAAUCUUUACGGGUAUAUAAUGGGUUCGUAUUUUUCGAUAGAAUAUUUUACUUUAUUUUGCGCGUUACCUAAUUUACUAUUUUUCAUACUUUCCGAUAUGUUUCUACCGGAAUCCCCUACAUAUUUAAUAAUAAAAAAACGUCACGAAGAAGCCGAGGAUGCUAUUCAACAGUUAGUUCGCUGCGACGUUAUGACAGCUAAGAAUAUUAUUAAAAAUAUCGAAUAUACUAUAGAACAAACGGCCAAUAACACUAGUUCAAGAUUGAAAUAUAUGUGGACCGAUAUAACUGCUAGGAGAACAUUUUUAAUAACAGCAGUGAUAAUGCUAUUAGCAUGCAUUGGUAUACCAGUUAUUAUGACAUAUUUACAAUCUAUUUUUGAAGAAUCAGGUUCAGAUCUUUCCGAUUCUAUGAGUACUAUCAUUGUUGGAGUUUUUCAAAUAUUUUGUUUUCUGCUCGCUUCAAUUUUAGUAAAUAAAUUUGGUAGACGACCACUUUUGAUAUGGUCAACUUUAAUAAUUUGUAUACCAUACUUUGUAGUAGGUUUAUAUUUCAAUUUAAAAAUGUAUAAUCCCUCUUCAGUUGCUAGUGUUAAAUGGAUACCGUUAGCUGGUAUAAUAUUCCUUAUUUUAGUUGCGGAUAUUGGGUUAAUAUCGGUAGCUUACGCUUAUUACAACGAAGUAUUUUCUAUCGAUAUUAAAGCUACCGCUAUAUCUCUAUUAUAUUUUAUAAGUGGCGUUAUAACUUCCUUCUCAUCAUUUAUGUUUCCUAUACUUAUAGAUACCAUUGGUCUUGAUUGGAUAUUUUGGAUAUAUGCUCUGAUCUUUUUUGCUGGUUUUGUCUUCAUAUUUGUAAAAGUGCCAGAAACUAGAAAUAAAAAUAUUAUAGAAAUUCAAAGAAUAUUUGCCGACAAUACACCCCCUUAUAUAAAUUAUAAAUAGUUAUUGAUGUACAAAUUUAAGGAAGAAAACAGAUGAAUUUCAAUCGAAUACUUCAUUAUACUCUUUAAUAUGAUUUCUCAUAAUAUAGACGAAGCAAAACGCCGAUUUUCCAAAGCAUCAUUGUCAAAAAAAAAUAUCAAUUUAAUGGUGAUUAUUGAAACUAAAAUCAUUGUUUCUGUUUGUAUUGUCACAUAUUUUGUAUUCUCAUUACAAUAUGGUGUUUGUAGUAUACUAUGAAAUUCUCAAAUGUACUUCAUUCCGACUAAAAUAAUAAUUUUUGAAGUAAAAAAUUUAUAGGAAUGAAUAAAUACAUGAUUUUUAAAAACAAUACAUGAUUUAAAUUCAUAUACUGAAACUUGCACCACAGCAACAUUGUGGUACAAUUUGAAUUAAAAUUUCCCAAAUACAAAGUUUGUACUUUUUUUGGACAUAUACAUAAAAUAAAAAACAUUGAAAUUA